AUGGGUGUUGUCCGCACAGCUUCAAUCGUAGGAGAAGGCAAUCCAGGGUUCGGUGUGACGACUCCGAGCAUCUGCAUUUUAUGUGUUCUGGCUGCCUUUCCCUUGAAGAGGUUGGCCGGGUACAAGCUAUGUUACGCCCAUCAGCGGACGAUCCCCCGCGUGCAGGAGGGAAUCGGCUCCUGGGAAUCCAUCUUGACAUUCCUCGCCUAUGCGGGUGUCACAGUGACCUGCUACAUUGUCGUCUUUAUCUUCAACAUCUGGGAUCUUACCUUCUGCCAAAGCAUGCUGGGCUUUGUGAUCGCAGAGCGCGCCAUCGGCGGAUUCAAGUUUGUGGUUGAGGGCUUCUUUGGGGCAAAGUCUGUGGCGCAAAAGCGGAUUGAAGAGCACAAUGAUGAUGUAUUGGAUGAAAUUCUGGCAAAGGAUCAUGAACCUGAGAAGAUAGAAAGGGGGGACGCCAGAAAGUCCACGCGCGCGUCCCUCGCAGUACGGUGA